AUGUUAGUGAAGAGUAGUGAGAUUCUAUUUCGAGAAAGGCAUUCAGAGCCUGAUGGCCUUUUCUCUCUCUCUCUCUCUCUCUCUCUCUCUCUCUGUGUAAACAGGAGUGUGUUGGAUUUUGACUUUGAAAAGCUGUGCUCCGUCUCCCUUUCCCACAUCAACGUGUAUGCUUGCCUGGUGUGUGGCAAAUACUUCCAAGGGCGAGGCCUGAAGUCAUACGCCAACAUUCACAGUGUUCAGGUCGGGCACCACGUCUUUCUGAAUCUGCACACGCUGAAGUUCUACUGCCUCCCAGACAACUACGAAAUCAUUGACUCCUCCCUUGAAGACAUCACGUACGUGCUGAAGCCAACGUUCACCAAGCAGCACAUUGCGAACCUGGACAAGCAGUCAAAGCUGUCGCGGGCUUACGACGGGACGACCUACCUGCCAGGAAUUGUGGGACUGAACAACAUCAAGGCCAACGACUACGCUAACGUGGUGCUGCAGGCUCUGUCGAAUGUCCCCCCACUGCGGAACUAUUUCCUGGAGGAGGAGAACUACAGGGAUAUCAAGCGUCCGCCAGGGGACAUCAUGUUUCUGCUGGUGCAGAGAUUCGGCGAGUUGAUGAGGAAGCUGCGGAAUCCCCGGAACUUCAAGGCUCACGUCUCUCCCCACGAGAUGUUACAGGCGGUGGUGCUGUGCAGCAAGAAACGGUUCCAGAUCACCAAGCAAGGUGAGCCAUUGAUCUUUCUGCCCACUAUGCAUGGCCAGGCAGAACUUGUAUUCCCCGAGGAUAUUAGGGCCAUGGAAAAAUUACAAAGGACGGUCCUUCUAA